CUUGCCCCUUCCCAGCCGCACCUCCUCCCCGCCCCCCCCCCCUGGUCCGCAAGAUCGAAGCCCUCCUGUCGUGUCUACCGCGCCCUUCCCUUCCUUUCCUUUUUUUUCCCCUAGACCACCAUGACAAUCAACAACAACGUCGGAAGCAGCCUUCCGACCACGAGCCCCGACAUGUCCACCCUCUUUUGGAAUGACAUCAAGCCCCUCUUCGACCGCAUCCUGUCCCAUCCGCUGAUUACUGCCAUCAAAAAUGUCACCAUCGACACCAACCAGCUGGUUCUAUUUGUUAUCCAGUCGCGCCUGGUGAUCGCGGAUGUCGUCCGCGCGCUGGCCAUCCUUGCCUCCCGCGCGCCGGCCAUCGAGGUGACCGUCGUCGUCUCGAAUGCCGUCAUCGCCGUGGCCGAACUGAAGGCUGCACAUGACCGCCACCUUGGCCGCUUCAAUAUCGAUCCCGCGGCCCUGGACCGCGCCAAUUACUCGCCCAACGCCCUGAUGGCCGGGUCGCACGCCAUCCGCAUGGCCCAUGAGCGGCCCUUCCACGAGGCCCUCGCCUCCAUCCUCCCCCUCCUUUGGGUCAAUGUCGCGGUGGCCAGCAGCAUCCAGAAGGCCGGCCUUGGCCAGCCGGCCUCGGCCUCCUCCCACCAGAUCCGGGAAUUCUGCACCCAGGUCAUCGAGAUGUUCUCCACCAGCAACCUCGCCAAGGCCACCACCUCGCUGAUUACCCUGAUCGACCGCAUCGACUCCGAUGGGGCCACCUCGGCCAUCAGCCACACGCACCAGGUCCUGUCCAUAGGCGAUGCGGCCAACAUGCCGCAGAUGGUCACCAACUCCCCUCCGCUCUUCGAGUCCGACCGCCUUGCCAUGCGGAGGCACUUCAGCCAGGGCACCAAGUGCGUUUGGCUCCUGUACGAGUGCUGCAUCAACAACCAGUCCUGGACGAUCUGAUGUGCCACGCG